UGAGAUCCAUUUACAUUUAGUGCCGUCUAGAACUAGUAUGGCGCCACACUCACUUCAUUUUGCAGCCCGUAGUUGGUCGAGGCCGCCGACGACGGCGCCGCACAGUUUUUCAGGAAUUAUGACAAAUUUUAUUCAAUAUCCUUUUGUAUUCUAUUUUUUCCCCUUAAAUUUAAAUUCGUAAUAUAUUUAAUAUGGGAUGCGAAAGAAAUCAUAACGAAAUAUGUGAUGUGGCUUCCAUGGCGGGAAAUGUGGAAGGGGGCAGAUUGGUCAGGUGAUAUGUGUCUUCCUCUCUCCACUGUUCACAGAUUCACCCAAAAACCAAACCAACAGACAAUCUAUCUGCAGAAACACCGAUUGAGAGUGGGGAGCUCAGACUACUAUGCUUCAAUAUCAUACAAAAUAUGCUUCAAUUUCAUAGAGAAACCAACCCUUUGUUUCCCAAUAUAUUCUGUGGAAAACAAGAUCAGGAGAUUGCUUCCUCAUUUUUGGCCUUUGCCUUCCAGGCCUCAAAAUUUGAUGGAAGGCUGAGAAGAAAUAUUGUUUGUGUGGAGUGAUUCUAUGGAGUUUCUCUGUUUGUGAUGCAUAAAAUUCGUUAGUGUUGAUCAUGUAUUCGCCUAAAUUGCAACGCCUCCGUGCUGUCGAUUCCAGCUCUCGGCUCCGUGUGUAUCAAGUCUGGAAAGGCAGAAAUAAAUUCUUUUGUGGCGGCAGAAUCAUAUUUGGUCCAGACGUCAAGUCUAUCUUCCUCACAUUGUCCCUUAUCCUGAUUCCAGUGAUCUUAUUUUGGGCGUUUGUUGCUAAACACCUUAUUAGUUUGUAUUCCCAUGGAGGGGGAAUUAUUCUCGUAGUUUCAUCUGUUUUACUGACUGCAUAUAUAAUCGUUCUUCUCUUUCUCACUUCUGGAACUGAUCCUGGGAUUGUUCCCAGAAAUCCUCAACCUCCUGAUCUUGAUGAUGAUAGCUCUGGCUUAUCUACAGACUGGGGUGGCAGCCAAAGUAGUGCAUGUGGUGUGCCAUUGACGAAAAAUGUAUCUAUUAAUGGGAUAGUUGUGAAGGUAAAAUAUUGUCAAACAUGCAUGUUGUAUCGGCCCCCACGAUGCUCCCAUUGCUCAAUAUGUAAUAACUGUGUUGAGCGUUUCGAUCACCAUUGCCCGUGGGUAGGACAAUGCAUUGGAAAGAGGAAUUACAGGUUCUUUUUCAUGUUUGUAUCAUCUACAACCCUCCUAUGCUUGCACGUUCUAUUUUCAUGCUCGAUAAACAUCACGAGCAUCAUGCAUAAGAAGCAUUGUAGUAUGUGGAUGGCCAUCCAACAGUCACCCGUUUCAGGGAUCCUCAUCACGUAUACUUUUGUGAUUUGCUGGUUUGUUGGAGGCCUGACUACCUUUCACUUAUAUCUUAUUUCCUCAAACCAGACAACAUAUGAAAAUUUCCGGUAUCAAUAUGAUCGAAAGAUGAAUCCUUACAACGUUGGAAUUGCUAGAAACUGUAUGGAAGUGUUCUGCUCUAAGAUGCCCCGAUCCCGCAAUAACUUCAGGGCAUUGAUCAAAGGCGAUUCACCUGUUGGUUUAUACAAAGGCCCGACAACGGAUGUAGAGAUGGGAAGGCGACGGGGUAUUGAUGCCGAUGAUUUUGAGGACCCAAGGAACCGCAUUGGGAAUUUGGGCAGAUUGGAGAGAUGUAGGACUCAGCCAAGACAUGAUCACUUGGAAGAGCGGAGGGGCAACUGGAGAUGACCCCAUCACUCUCUUUCUUCGAGAUGUGGUCGAGAAGAAGAAGAAGAAGUCGGAUUGAACAUGCUAUGAAUAUGAUGCUAUGUUUUCUUUAUUAUUGUUGCUUGCUAUUACAACCAUCCGUCACAGUUUAGCAAGCAAGUAAGACUGUGAAUCUUUCUUCCUUGCGUUGUCGUUUGGAUAAAUCAUCAUUGUGUUCGUGUACCUACUGCUAGAACUAGAAUAGGACAAUUAUCGGAUUUGAUUAGGAUUCCUAACUUUUCAUGGACAUGGAUUUUCAAUACGAUAUAUAUCAUGUUUGAUGUCAUCUUUCUUGAUUAAA